GAAAAGGCAGCCCUCUACUGGCCAGAUAUUACAUACACAACAGUUUCGUUUUCUUAGUAUUGAAACCUCUCACUUUGUUCCUCGGCUCUGUUUCAUGUCAGUGCUACGCAUUCCCGCAAACAUUCCCUUCUCUGAUCAAGAAUGAAUCAAAGAUUCAGUUUCGGCUCCUCAGGUAAUGUCAAACCAGAGCCACUCGGCGCCGCUGCAGCGGUCAGCACCAAUGCUGCCGGCAAACCUGAAGACGUAACCGCAGCUCCACCUCUGUUUACUCUCGGAGCCUUAUCGUUGCUGGAAAAGGACUGGAGAAAUAUGGAGUGGCGUGAGGAUGUGAGACAGACUCUGACGGAGUCUAUCAGGUCAUUUAAACCGGCCAGCGAGACUGUUACUGAAGCCAGAGUGCUGCUGGUUGGUCCGGUCGGUGCUGGAAAGUCCAGCUUCAUCAGCUCUGUCCAGUCGGUCUUCUCCGGACGGGUCAUCAACAGAGCCAUGGUGGGCUCUUCAUCCUCCGCCAGCUUCACUAAAAAGCUUCGCUCGUACAACAUCAGAGGAGCAGGAGAGACUGCAGACGAGCCCACAGCUCUGGUCCUGUGUGACGUGAUGGGUGUAGGUGAAGGAGAAAGCACUGGGCUGACUCUUCACGAUGCGCUGUCCGUCGUUAAAGGACACGCUCCAGAGGGACACCAGUUUAGUCCCGAGCAAUCGAUUGGAGCAGAGACCGUGGGCUUCGUAAGGAAACCGAGCAUUAAUGACAAAGUACACUGUGUGGUGUUUGUAAUCGAUGGUUCAAAAGUCAGUUCAUACGCCAAAAGCUUUGGUGCGACUUUCCAACAGUUAAGAGAACACAUCAGCAACUUAGGUGUACACCAAGUGGCGUUGCUGACCCAUGUGGACCAGGUUUGUAACUCCACCAAAAAUGACAUCUCCAAGGUUUACAAGAGCAGAGCCAUUCAGCAGGCGAUGGCGAAGGCCGCAGAGCUGCUGGGAAUGGCCACCUCCUACAUCGUCCCGGUGAAGAACUACUCCUCAGAGCUGGACCUGGAUGAAAACACUGAUAUUCUGCUGCUCAAAGCCGUCGAUCACAUCUUACAAUAUGUGAAUCUGUACUUUCAAGACAGCAGCGAUUAAAGGUUCUUCUCCAGAUCCGCUUGGCCGCUUGAGUUUCGCUCCGGUCUUGAUCAAACUUACCAGUUUUUAGUGAUCCUAAAGACCUCGAUCAUCUUUUGCGGUUUGAUAAGAGCUGGAGCUAAACUCUGGAGGAAAAAGCAUUUGCGUUACAAAUACAGAAGUGCCCAAAAUGAGUUCAUCUCAGUUUUGUCCGAUGAAAUAACGAUGACGCCAAAGCUUGUAAUUCUUUGCUAAGGUUUUGUGGUGGUUUGCUAUUUUUUUAUAUAACAGCUCUUGUAUAAAAAGACCUUUGUGCCUUUGUACACAAACGUUUUUCAUUAAAGAUUUGCUUUAACUUAAGUUUGGCACGUCUUCGCUCAAACUUUACAUCCA